AUGACCACAGCAACCGUCAAGCCCGAAAUUGUCAUAGCGGUUCUCUCCAUGUGCGGCCUGCUGACGGUUGUUGUCAUCAUUCUGCUGGUGUGCUCGUGGUGGUCUCGCCGCAAAGCUGGAGCUUAUGCAGGAUCUGCUCUUUAUCGCGGGUUCAAGCGACGCCAUCAAUUCGAGCUCGUCUGUACACCUGGUCCGGGUGCUCACGCCGCUCCGCUGGAGGUUCAACUGCGCACAUCGCAUGUUGACCCUUGCGACAUACUUGUGGAUGUGCAGUACACACCGCCUGGCUUCCUCAAGGAAUGUGAUCGUACCGCUGUCUCCCCAGCACGACUAUUGGGUGCUGAUGAACACUAUGGUGAACAAUAUCUGCUUUACAGUCACCCGUUUGUGUUCCGGGGACCCGGCCGAUACACGGUCAACGCACACACCGUCUCGCCUUCCAUGCGGUAUGUGGGCGCGGUGCAUAAUUUCUGCUUCGACGUGCUCCCCGGGGACACGCCGUCAGGGUCUGGAGACACUGAAAUGGAGGCGAGCUGUCAGCAUGCCAACGAUUUCUCCAGGCACGACUUUUCCACCCAGCGGGAUGUAGCAACGAAAUGCAGCAUCACACCGAUCAGGCAUCCUUUGCCACCGCGCAUCAUUCCCAAUGAGGGUGAAGUGACAACAUUUACUCCAAUAAUUAUCACCACUAACAACGAAAGUACGACGGCCGAUCAGAUCCGGUACAGCGUGGACGGUAGAUACCCAUCGUUGCUGUACACGGGGCCGUUCACGCUCUCUGUGCCGCCUUUCAGCAAUGCGUGUAAUGGCUCGUCGGUGCCAGUCGUUGUGCGUGCUGUCGCCGUGUCCGGAAGUGAUACGGGACUAACGAGUGAGGUUGUGACUGCGAACUUUACGGUGUAUAGGGCGGGCCACAGUUUCUUUGAUCCGCAGGUACCGGCCCCGGUUGCGCGUGUGCAUGCUGUGAACGCCAAGCUGUACUUUGAUGAGUCCCGUCGCCCACCGAACACGAACAUCUUAUACCAGCUAGUUUACGUCAGUGAAGCACGCCAGAAGCCAAAGUUCUCUCGCAGGCGGGGAUUCGUGUACACUGGAGAGUUUGUUCCGCUGCGUGAGGACGUUGCCUUUAUCUACGCCUGGACGUUUGUGGGUGAUGGCAAUGGCGAUGGGACGGGGGUGGACCUCGACGAGGUGAACGGCGGUGGGCGUCGCCACAUUCGCAGCUCAGCCGCUGUGUACGACUGUCGUCGUGGCACAUCGUGGAACCGUGAGGCUCGGGAUGAGGGAGGGUUGCACCCUCACAAUAACGACCGUACUCAUCGCGGUGACCUGUCGCCACCGGUCAUCUGCGUCAGCUGCAGUGAGAUGGAGGUAUUCUUUGAGGAUCCACCCGCGGGAGGCGUUGUGUGCUACACCCUUGACCGAACUGAGCCAGCAGCUCCCGGUGGAGCGACGGCACCUGAACAGGCAGUGAGGGUUGGUCUUGGUACAGGAGCGCAGCAGCUCGCGCGAUUUGGGCCGGGGCCGAAUCUCAGCACGUACGUGUACAAGUCCAACCAGCCGAUUCACGUGACGCUUCUGCAGACGGAGCAGGUGUUCGUUACCGCGCGUACGUUUAUUCCCGUUGCGGACGGUGCCGCUGGCGACGCCGUUACCUGCUACCGUUUCAGUGAUCGUUUCUUCCGUGGCUUUGCCAUACAGUGA